AACAAACUAAUGGAAUAAGUAAUGAAGUGUUAAGUAGCAGAAAGGCUGCUUUGUGCGUUAUUGUACCCAAGGACCCGGCGCACCGGGAUACCGCUUCGUGCGCCGGGGGAGCUGGACAAGACGGCAUUAGUCAAACCAUUGAAUACUACGUAUUAUUAGUUCCUACUAAGUCGUUUGAGCAGGUGACAGGGCCGAUCUUGCUGCCAAGAUGGCUUCGGACGCAACGCCGCUGGAGCAGGCGUUCGACAAACUUAAUACAUGCAUUAAGAAUCAGCAGCACAAAAAGGCGCUGAAGGCCUGCGAUGAAAUCCUGGCGCUUGCACCGGGCGAUGAGGAUGCGCUGCGCUGCAAGGUGGUGGCACACAUGCAGCUGUCGGAGUAUAAGGAGGCGCUGGUGCUGAUAAACAAGCCGCCGCUGGCUGGCUUGGAUCUGGGGUUCGAAAAGGCGUACUGCUUGUACCGGCUGGGUCAGAUCGAUGAGGCCCUCUCCGUGGUCUCCUCCCAGCUGCGCUCCCCCCAGCUGGCCCCCGAGGCCGCCCCGCCGCUGCUGCAGCUGCAGGCCCAGCUGCAGUACCGCCGCGGCCGCACCCGCGACUGCAUCAACACCUACGACACGCUCUUCCAGCAACACAAGGUCCCUAGGCAUUCGACGAACCCCACAUUCUCCUAGGGUAUCUUCCUAGACGUUCAUCGCAGCGCCACCGGCGCCCGAGCCUCCCGGCUUGCCUACACCAGGCCCCGAUCCUCCCG